CGAGGCACCUAGCGAUACAGUUGCUGAAUAAAGAGAAGAUACGCAUAAAAAUAAUAGACAAUAUGGAAAAAGAUAAGAGUGCGAUAGCAUCAACUUCGUCUCCGGAGUCACGUUUUCAACCUACAAUCGAAACAUACGUCAGAAUCAAACCGUUAAAAAUGCUGAGUUCAAUCCAUAUUUUAAUGGAUUCAAUAGUUAAUCUCAUUGAAGAAAGUCAAAAAACAAAUAAGACAAAUCUACUCCCAAGAAUUUUUAAGGCAAAUUCAUCGCAAACAGAUGUGUUCGACAAGGUUGUAUGUAAACGAAUCAUUAAUUUUGUCAAAGGUGAAAGUUCCACAGUCAUUGUAGCUGGAUUGCCUAAUUCAGGGAAAACGUAUACAAUUAUGGGAAAUAAGGAUAAUCCUGGAAUAGUCCCACACGCGAUAAAGUUAUUGUUCUCCAUGGUGAAGUGUAAUACAAAACCGUAUCAUGAAGUAACCAUGAGUAACGAAAUUGUUCCUUUGGAAUCAUUAAAUGCGGACAGCGAAAAAAAGGAAUACGUAUGUAAUUGUGAUGGAAAUAUAGCAAUUAAUCGGGGUAUAGAAGCGCAAUUGUACUUGUAUCAUUCAGAUGCCUCUGUUCUCACGUCCGAGGACAGGUUCCGGGAUUCUGAGAAGGACCUGUUUUCGGUGUGGAUAUCGCUGGUGAAGGUGUGUUCUACUGGGUAUAUUGACACUUUUGAUAUUGAUAAUUUGUACUACAAUAGACAUUACGGGACUAGAUUGAGAGUUACUAAAUAUGAGUUCGCAGAAUUUCGACAUGUCACAACGGCAUUAGACGCUUGCCAACUACUGAUUAGCGGCCUAAAUAGAGAAAAUCACGACCACAAGGUUCAUGGAAUUAUCUUCACAAUCAAACUUCUCAAAUAUCCACCUAACUAUACACUUGAAUGCCAUAGUACUCCGGUGCUCUGGAGUACUAUGACUUUCUACGAUUUUAAUUAUGAAUCCACGUUUGUUAGGGAUAAUACUAUGUUAGCGAACGAGUACAAUUUCAGCGAAAUUUUUGAUAUGCAUAUGAAAUAUAUUAAAGCUUUUGUAACUGACGAAUCGAAUGCAGAAAGCAUACAUCAUAUCUUCCCAUCGUACUCCAAGUUCUUCCAUCAAACACUGUUAAGUCGACAGUCACUCAGUUUUAUAGCGACCAUUCACUUUGAUGCGCUAUCUAGUAUGCCCUUAUUGCACGAUUUGCUCAUUUUAAAAUCGUGGUAUCUUAAUUCUGAAGAGCGGCAAAGAAAUGACACAUUGGAAGCAGCACAGCCUGAAACAUCCAAGGAUGACGAAAAACGUACAGCAGAAUGUAUUCACGAUCUUGUUGAAUCGUGGAAAUCCAGAAAUCCAUAAGUUUGUCAGAAAGUAUUUUUAAAAUUAUU